AGGCCGCCCGGCCCUCGCCCAGCCCGCAUUCUCCUCCGCCCCCGGCGGCUGUGGCUCUUUGCCGUCCCGGCACCGGCGACGGCGGCCCCAGCGUCGGGGAGACCUCAGUCCCCCGUCCCCGGUGGUGCUGAGCUCAGGAGUCCCGUCGCUGUGCCGGUGAUUAUGCGUGGUCGGCUGCGGACCCUGCAUCUCUCCUUCGGCUGAUGCCCCCGCUGUCCCCUCGUCUAGGCUAGAGCAGGUUGAGCGCCAGCACCUCGGGAAAUCUUCAGCCAUGUAUUUCCUCAGCGGCUGGCCCAAGAGGCUCUUGUGUCCUCUGGAGUCCCUGGAGCAACCGCUUCACAUCCAGACGGAUCCCCAGAGAGCUUUCUUCGCAGUUUUGUUCCCAUCUCAGCUAAGCAUCUGGUACUGCAGACCCAGCGUAUUAAUCGUAAGCUACAAGGAACUUGCAAAAGCAGCUUCUCAGUUUGGACCUUACAAGCRAGCAGAAUGGCGGCCUGACAGCACAAUGAUAGCUGUUUCAACUGCAAAUGGAUACAUCUUAUUUUUUGAAAUCCCAUCAGCAAGAGACAAGUAUCUUUAUGAGCCAAUAUAUCCCAAAGGAAGCCCACAUCUGAAGGGAACCCCACAUUAUAAGGAAGAACAAUGUGCUCCUUCAUUAAAUCUAGAAAUGAAGAAAGUACUGGACUUGCAAGCCUCUAUCACAAGUUUGCAGUCCAUGUUAGAGGAUCUACUUGUUGCUACUGCUGAUGGAUUUCUACAUCUCAUUCACUGGGAUGGUCUGACCAAUGGAAGGAAGGCCAUCAACCUGUGUACAGUUCCAUUUUCCGUGGAUCUGCAGUCUUCUCGAGCAGGUUCACUUUUGGGUUUUGAAGAUGUUUACAUCAGAGAUAUGGAAUACUGUGCCACGCUUGAUGGCUUUGCUGUUGUUUUUAAUGAUGGCAGAGUUGGUUUCAUUACACCAAUGUCAAGUAGAUUCACUGCUGAGCAGCUCCAUGGUGUUUGGGCACAAGAUGUAGUUGAUGGAACUUGUGUGGCAGUGAAUAACAAAUACAGGCUAAUGGCGUUUGGAUGUGCCAAUGGCUCUGUGCAGGUUUAUACGAUAGAUACCACCACUGGCRCCAUGCAGUUUUCUCAUAAAUUGGAACUGACACCAAAACAAUAUCCUGAUAUUUGGAAUAAAACAGGACCCGUUAAACUAAUCAGAUGGUCACCUGAUAGCUGUGUUGUGAUGGUGACCUGGGAAUGUGGAGGUUUGUCGUUAUGGAGUGUUUUUGGUGCUCAGCUUAUCUGUACUUUAGGAGGUGAUUUUGCGUAUCAGUCUGAUGGUGCCAAAAAGGACCCUCUAAAGAUCAAUUCCAUGACCUGGGGAUCAGAAGGAUAUCAUCUCUGGGUUAUUGAGGGGAGUUCUUCUUCAAACAUGAAAUCUGCAAGAAAUGCAAAUAAUGAAGCUCGCCAAUUUGGUAUUCUGCAGUUUCAGUUUAUCAAGAGUGCACUCACUGUUAAUCCAUGUAUGAGCAACCAGGAACAAGUCCUCCUUCAAGGAGAAGAUCGCUUAUAUUUGAACUGUGGAGAUGCAGCACAGACUCAGAAUCCCAGAAAUACAUCGGCACACUCUGAACAUAACCAUAGCAGGGAAAGAGGCCCAUUUUCAGAUGGCAGUUUAGAUUCUCAGGGUUUAAGCACUUUACUAGGACACCGGCAUUGGCAUGUUGUACAGAUUCAUAGUACAUAUCUAGAGAGCAACUGGCCUAUUAGGUUUUCAGCUAUUGACAAGCUUGGACAAAAUGUAGCUGUCGUUGGCAAGUUUGGUUUUGCACAUUAUUCUUUACUCACCAAAAAAUGGAAGCUGUUUGGAAACAUUACCCAGGAGCAAACUAUGAUGGUAACAGGUGGUUUAGCAUGGUGGAAUGACUUCAUUGUUCUUGCAUGUUAUAAUUUAAAUGAUCAUCAGGAAGAGCUGAGAAUCUACCUGCGAACGUCUAACCUUGACAAUGCGUUUGCACACAUCACCAAAGUGCAAGCAGACACAUUACUACUGAGUGUCUUCCGGGACAUUGUGAUAUUGUUCAGAGCAGAUUGUUCCAUUUGCCUUUACAGUAUUGAGAAAAGGUCUGAGGGUCUUAACCCUACUGCCAGUAUCCAAAUUCUUCAAGAAGUAUCCAUGUUGCGGUACAUUCCUCAUCCUUUUCUUGUAGUGUCUGUUACGUUGACAUCAGUGAGAACAGAGACUGGCAUCACCUUGAAGAUGCCUCAGCAGGCUUGUGAAGCCGAAAGUAUUAUGCUUAACUUGGCAGGACAACUCAUCAUGUUGCAAAGGGAUCGAUCUGGACCCCAGAUACGAGAUAAAGAUAAUAAUCCUAAUCAAAGAAAGCAUCUGCCAUUUUGUGCUCCAGUUGUCCUAGCCCAGUCUGUUGAAAAUGUAUGGACUACUUGCAGGAUUAACAAACAGAAACGCCACUUAUUGGAGGCUCUGUGGCUCAGCUGUGGUGGGGCAGGUAUGAAAGUCUGGCUUCCCCUGUUUCCCAGAGAUCAUCGAAAACCGCAUUCCUUUCUGUCAAGACGGAUCAUGCUGCCUUUCCACAUCAACAUAUACCCAUUGGCUGUUUUGUUUGAAGAUGCCUUGGUUCUUGGUGCUGUUAAUGACACUGUGCUCUAUGACUGUUUAUACACUCAAACCAGUGCUAGAGAACACUUAGAGGUUCUCUUUCCUUUCUCCAUUGUUGAGAGAACCUCUCAAAUCUACCUCCAUCACAUUUUACGCCAGCUCUUGGUUAGGAACCUCGGUGAACAAGCCUUGCUUUUGGCCCACUCCUGUGCCACAUUACCAUACUUUCCUCAUGUACUAGAGCUGAUGCUUCAUGAAGUGCUGGAAGAAGAAGCUACCUCGCGGGAACCCAUUCCCGACCCUCUCCUUCCCACUGUGGCGAAGUUCAUUACAGAAUUCCCCCUCUUCCUGCAGACAGUUGUUCAUUGUGCUAGGAAGACAGAAUAUGCCCUGUGGAAUUACCUUUUUGCUGCUGUUGGAAACCCGAAGGACUUAUUUGAAGAAUGCUUAAUGGCCCAGGACUUGGACACAGCUGCCUCUUACCUUAUUAUCCUACAGAAUAUGGAAGUUCCAGCAGUUAGCAGACAACAUGCUACUCUCCUGUUUAAUACUGCCUUAGAGCAGGGAAAGUGGGAUCUCUGUCGUCAUAUGAUUAGAUUUCUUAAAGCCAUUGGCUCUGGAGAAACAGAAACACCCCCAGCGACACCAACAACUCAGGAACCUAGUUCAAGUGGUGGUUUUGAAUUCUUCAGGCAUCGCAGCAUUAGUUUAUCCCAAUCAGCUGAGAAUCUCCAUAGCAAGUUUAAUUUGACAAAAACAUUGAGUAUGCCCUCUGGCCCAUCUGGAAAGAGGUGGAGCAAAGACAGCGACUGUGCUGAAAACAUGUACAUUGACAUGAUGCUCUGGCGGCAUGCUCGGCGUCUGCUGGAGGAAAUCAAGCUGAAAGACCUUGGCUGCUUUGCUGCACAAUUAGGCUUUGAGCUGAUUGGCUGGUUGUGCAAGGAGAGAGCCAGAGCUGCCCGUGUGGAGGAUUUUGUAUGUGCUUUGAAAAAACUACACAAGGAUUUCCUCUGGCCAUUUCCAGUUAUACCAGCUUCAUCCAUUAAUUCCCCUUUCAAGAAUGGAAAGUACAAAACAGCCAUGGGGGAGCAACUGCUAAAAUCUCAGUCUGCAGACACCUUUGUAAACAUGGAAAUGGACACAGGGGUUUCAAACACACCUCGCAGUCGCAGCUGGCUUGGUACUAUUAGCUCCUCUCAGAGAGAGAUUGAUACUGUUUCAUCCCAUGGACCACAUAUGCAAGAUGCAUUCCUUUCUCCUUUGUUAAGUAAAGUGUCUUUGAUAGGUGAUGAAUGCAGCAUUGGUUCAGCAACAGACCUGACUGAAACAAGUUCUAUGGUGGAUGGUGACUGGACCAUGGUGGAUGAAAACUUCUCCAGUCUGAGUUUAACUCAGUCAGAGCUUGAGCAGCUCUCUCUAGAACUGGCCAGUAAAGGGCCACACAAGUCACAGGUGCAGCUGCGGUACUUGCUACAUAUCUUCAUGGAAGCAGGAUGUCUGGAUUGGUGUGUUGUCAUAGGCCUUAUUCUCAGAGAAUCUUCAGUUAUCAACCAGGUUUUCAGUGUCAUGCAGUCCUCUGAUAUUGAUGGAGAAAUCUGCCAGAAUAUCAGGACUGGCCUAGAUGCUGUCGACAAAUGGGCUUCUACAGAUUGCCCUGGGUACAAGCCAUUUCUAAAUAUCAUCAAACCACAGAUCCAGAAACUAAAUGAAAUAGUGGAAGAGCAAGUACAACCUGAAGCGUUUCAGCCAGUGAAUCCAUCUAAGGUUCCUGAACAAGCAAACCCAAGAGCUGAGGAAAGCAGGACGUCAUCCAGCCAUGGCACUAAUCCUCAGAGUGAUGCUGGCAGCAACAAUGCAAGCAGACAUGAAGAGGACAAGGCUAAGACAGAGGAUGAGGACUCAUUCCAGGAAGGCAGUUAUGACUGUGUUGUGUCUUAAAUGGAAGGUGAACUUCCCAAGCAUCAGGUGUGAAAGGAAGCAAACCAGCUCUUAGAUAUGCUUCCGUGUUUUGCAUUUGUACUCUUUUUAAUUUUGUUUGUUUGUU